AUGUUACAUUCGAAUGUAUUGCUCGAGAUGGCUCCCAUAUACGCCCUCGUUGUGGUAAUAAUUUGCUCAGAUGAAAUAAUUCCCAAUUCCGUCGAGGAGACGAACUGGGAUCUUGAUGCCGUAGUGUCCACAGACGAUGAGAGCGAGAUCGGUGGUGAGUCUAGGGCGAAGUAUACGCUAUGCACAACGUCGUCUUCAGCUCCCUCGCAUUUGGGAAACCCAAUGUGUGGGAUGAAAGUGGCAGGAGGGAUGAUGCCUUCGCAGUGGGAACGAAGACGCGCGGCUACCACCCCAAGAGAAGAGGACCUUAUGACAGCAAUCCAUCGCGUGCCGUAA